AUGGCCGACCCAGCGAAUAGCCUACCAGCAGUCGCCAACCCUACAAGGUUGGAAACGGCCUCACCAGCAGGGGAAAGGUCACCCGAAACAGAACUCGAGCCAAACGUGAUUGAAGUCGAGGAUACUGACGAUCUGAACGAGACUGCAUCCAACAUCGACGACCGAAUUUCCACGUACACGGCGUCUUUGUCCUCAAGUGUCGUGGAUUAUCCUACCGAGAAUGGUCGCCGGUAUCACGCCUUCAGAGCAGGAGCCUAUUACGGUCCGAAUGAUGAAAGCGAACAGGACCGCCUUGACUUCCAUCACGCAAUGAUUGUGAAGCUGAUUGGGAAGAAACUGUUUCUGUCGCCCAUCAAUACUGAAAAAUCUCAACGGAUACUCGAUAUCGGUACUGGGACCGGUGUUUGGGCCACGGAAGUGGGAGAGCUCCUUCCUAACUCAGAGAUCAUCGGCAACGACUUGAGUGCAAACCAACCAACUUGGGUUCCACCCAACGUCAAGUUCGAGAUCGAUGAUGUUGAAAGCCCUUGGGUGAACGCUUAUAAGUUCGACUUUAUCUUCUGUCGGUACAUGGUAGGUGCCAUUGCCGACUGGCCGAAGCUAAUGAACAACAUCUACAAGAAUACGAACCCUGGUGGUUGGGUGGAAUUUCAAGACUACGACCUUCUUUAUACCUCAGACGACGGCUCAUUGACAGAAGAGCACCAAACACUCAAGUGGAUUCGUCUCAUUCUUGAAGCUUGCGACAAAAUGGGCCGCGAUGGUCGCCCGGGACCUAAGUUGGAGAAGUGGGUGAGAGAAGCCGGGUUUGUCAACAUCGUCCAUGAGAAAUUCAUAGUGCCGAUAGGGCCAUGGCCAAAGGACCCGCAUCACAAGGAUGUUGGGAUGUGCAACUUGAUCCAGAUGCUGAAUGGGUUGGAGGCGUUUAGCUUGAGGGUGUUUUGUGGUGUACUGGGAUGGACAAGGGCCGAGGUACUAGUGUUGCUUGCGAUGGUGCGCAAAGAGUUGAAAUCUUGCAAGUUUCACGCCAAGUAUUAUUUCCACGUCGUGUAUGCUCAGAAGCCAGGGGCCACGGAUGAAAAGUAG